AUGAUCCGGGUUGUAGAGGAUAGCUUCUGUGUCCCUCAUCCAACAGAAGUGACUGUCAAGAAAAAAUACCAUGGAUUCUUCUUAAACCAACGAUACGAAGUGUUAGAUGCUAACGGUAAUCUCUUGCUUCAAGUUGAUGGCUCAAGCCUUAACAUUCAGAAGAAGAGGGUCAUGCGUGAUGCUGUUGGUACCCUCAUCCUCACAAUGCGUGAGAAGCUGCUAACACUGCGCCAUCGGUGGAUGGUUCACAAAGGCAGAAGCACAGAGCAGAAGGAUCUUAUUUUUGGUGUUCAACGAUCCCACCCUCUUGACAUGGAACCCCGGCUUGAUGUGUUCAUGGAGAGUAAUAUUAAGGAAGAUACCAGCAACUUUCAACUUGUUGGGAGCUACACUGAUAGGUCCUGCAAAGUUUACAAAGGCCACACUAUGAUUGCUGAGGUAAUUGAUGUAUUCCCAAGGAGCAGCUUCAGCAAAUGGAAGGAAAGCUUUAGAGUUAAAAUUAGUGCAGGGGUGGAUUAUGCUUUCAUCGUUGCUUUACUUGUAAUACUCACUGUAAAUGACUACAUUUGA